UUGAUUUCUGUUUGCUAGUUGGCAUCAAGAGGGAACCCAGCAUGUCAGUCACCCCUGCUUGCUGCACAAGAGCUGCCUCAGCAUUGGCAAGGGAGGCAAAGCCAUGCUGGGGGUCCUUCACAUGCAAGCAGCACCUGUCUGGCCAGGCCUUGCAGUGUGAAGUGAUUUGCACUUUUGUUGCUGAAUGAGGCUUUAGCUGCAUGUUUCAUCAGUGAGGCUGCUUGAACUGGUGAGUGUGUUAGGACUACCAGGUGUCUGGGACGUGGUCUUUUUUUUGGUCCCAUCCUUGUGUCCAGGCAGGUUUUUAAAAUGAGAUCAAAUGCUCUAGUUUUUGCUCUUUCUCUUGUUUUCCGGGCUGGAAGCAACGGGCAAGGUGACUGGCUGCCAGGGGUCAUGUGCUCUGUUCCUGUGCCCCAGUGUGGGCGGCCGGGUGCCCUGCUACACAUUCAAAUUAAAUUUGGAUACAAAGCAGCUCCAGGCUUUAAACAUUGCCAAGUACAAACACGGUGCAGCUGGAGUCCGACUGAGUGUGCGAAUCACUUGGCACAAGUGGCCGGUAUGCAUUUAGUACACGGUACGUGUCACGUGCAGCAGGAGAGGCGGAACGCGCAGUCCGGGCCAGGGGCGGCUCCACGCGCGGAACCUGGCUCCAGCACCGGAGGCGCUUCCUCCCACUUCACUUCCGGUGUGGGGGGAAGCCAGGCCGCAGGUGCUUGGUCACGGCGACCUCGCGGCGGAGGGUCGGGUGCACUUCCGCUCUGAGAACCCGGAUGUACUUAGCAAGGGCGCAGCUCCGGCCUGAGGGAAGGCCGAGCGCACUGUAUGACGCAUAGGCGCCGCGCCGCAGCACUUCCGGCGCGGCCCGGAAGCAGAGAGCGCGUGGCAAUGGGCUCGCGCGUGGAACUGGGCUUUGUGGAGGCGGCGCUGGGCUGGCGCCUGGGCAGCGCGCAGUUCCCCAGCAAGGUGGGAGGGUGGCCAGCGUGGCUGGGUGAGGCUGGGCUUCCGGACCCCGCGGCGUUGAGCUGCGGCCGCUGCGGGCGGCCCUGCGCUUUCCUGCUGCAGCUGUACGCGCCGCUCGCCGGCCGCCCCGACGCCUUCCACCGCACACUGCUGCUCUUCUGCUGCCGCCACCCGACCUGCCACCGCCCCGCACCCGGCACCUGCCCGCUGCGCGCGUUCCGGAACCAGCUGCCCCGCGUGAACGCCACGUACCCGCCCGAACCGCCACCGCUGCUGCCGCCCGCGCCCCUCCCCGCCAGGCCCCCGCGCCUGCGCAGUGGUGCCGCCCUGUGCCGCGUCUGCGGCUGCCUCGCGCCCAAGAGGUGCGCGCGCUGCCGGGCCGCGAACUACUGCGGUCGCGCGCACCAGGAGCUCGACUGGGCCGCGGGACACCGCCGCCGCUGCAGGCCAGCUCAGUCGGACACAGAGAUCCCAGACCAUGGGUUCCUUUUCCCAGAAUAUGAAAUUGUAAUUGAACCCGAGGAAACUGAGUCCUCUGAUAGUGAAGUGGAGCCUGAUGGCAACAAGGCAAAACCUGAUGACAGUCCCACAGAUGGAGAUUCACAGAAGGAUCCCAAGAAACAUGAAUUGGAAGCUGCAGGUGGUAUCGGUGAAGUGUUUGAGCCACUAGAUGAAGAACAAUUGGAGGCAAUGGCAAAACAUGAGACUCUAGAAGAUAAGAUCUUCCAAAAGUUCAAGAAUCAAAUAGCUGCUGAGCCAGAGCAGAUCAUCAGAUACUGCAGAGGAGGAGGAGGUGGCCCUAUCUGGGUGUCAGGUGAAAAUAUUCCUGAAGCAAAAGAUAUCCCAAACUGUUCUUGUGGUGCCAAGAGGAUAUUUGAAUUCCAGGUUAUGCCACAGCUGCUGAACCACCUGAAGGUUGACAGCCUAGAAGAAAGCAUUGACUGGGGCACGUUAGUAGUUUAUACCUGUGCUGAAAACUGUAACCAAGGAGGCGGGUACAUUGAGGAGUUUGUAUGGAAGCAGGAUUUCACUGCAGACUCUGUUUAACUUUGACAAAGAAAUUGACUUUGGAUUCUCCAAGUUCAGGGUGGCUGCUUUAGUCUCUGAACUAGGCUUUCAUACUUCAGUGCACAUGUGUACACAUUUGCAAAAAUUCAACUGAACUAGCCACUUGUUCUAUAUGACCCUGGGCAUUCAUCUAUUGCAGUUAAAUGGCAACUCUCAGUUAAAGAUGGCCUGGAGGAACUAAAGUGGAUCUUGUCAACUUCUUUCCACCCUCUGUGUAUUGUAUUGUACAGUUCACUUCAGCAUGCACAAGUGAAACCAAACAGUUCCGUUUCAAACUACAGCUUGUUAAUCUCACAAUACAAUUCUCUUAGCAGAAUACUGGAUGUAUCUAUAAAUAUUUAUUUGAAAUUAAAAAUUAACAUUUCUAUUA